AUGGGCAAGAAACAGUCCAAGUCCGAGGCCGAGUCUGAGUCUGAGUCCGAGUACGGAGCGCCGAGGCAGUUUGACCCCACCUUCAAUGGCCCGAUAAAGAACAGGAGUUGCACGGACAUCAUUUGCUGCAUCUUGUUUGUUCUGGUGAUCCUCGGUUAUCUGGUAGUGGGAGUUAUAGCCUGGAUCUACGGCGACCCCAGACACGUCCUGUAUCCACGGAACUCCACAGGAUGGUUCUGCGGCAUCGGCCCAAACGAGGGCCGUCCAAACCUCUUUUAUUUAGACAUGAUCAAAUGUGCUUCUGCAAACAACAUAAUGGCCGGAUCGCUCCAAGGGUUACAGUGUCCGACCACGCAGGUUUGUGUGAAGGAAUGCCCCGACCAGUUUUGGGGACUAAGCCCUUUGGAUUGGUUAAAAAAACCCUCAGAAGUGUUUGAGCAGGACUACUGUGUGCCUUCUUUGGAUCUCAAAACAACCCCAAUGAAAGUUCCAGAAAUUAUUGCCAAAGAUCUGUGCCCGUUCUUCACGACGCCUCUGAUUGGGGUCCUCGGCCGCUGUUUGCCCAAUAUCUCGUCUUUGGGUGCAAUUCCCCCGUCCUUUGCCCAGAUCCCAGGUUUGCCCUCUGAUUUAAACAGCACCGUCAAUUUGUUGAAAAAUGGCACAAGUGACGUCAUCACCGGAUUUAACGCCAAAGACCUCGGAGUGCAGAUCUUUGAGGACUUUGCGUCUGCCUGGCCUUGGAUUCUACUUGGUUUGCUGAUCGCCAUGGUGACCAGUCUGUUGUUCCUGCUGCUGCUGAGGUUCACGGCCCCCGUCAUGGUCUGGGUCCUGAUCGUGGGGGUCCUGGUCGCUGGAGCUUAUGGAAUAUAUCACUGCUACUGGGAAUACGACAACUACAGCCGGAACUCUGCUUCCAUCUCCGACAUCGGCCUCACCACCAACAUCCAGUCUUAUCUGCAGGUCAAGGAGACGUGGCUGGGCAUCCUGAUCAUCAUUUCUAUCGUGGAGGCCGUCGUGCUCCUGACCGUCAUCUUUCUGAGGAAGAGGAUCCUCAUCGCCAUCGCCCUCAUCCAGGAGUCCAGCAAAGCGGUGUCUCACAUGAUGUCGACUCUGCUCUACCCGGUGAUCACCUUCGUCAUGGUGCUGGUCUGCGUGGCGUACUGGGGCGCCACCGCCCUGUAUUUGGCCACUUCAGGAGCUCCCAUUUACACGGUGGUGGCUCUGAACUCCACACUGGACGGAUGCAAGAAGAUCAACGGCUCUGAGAUGUGUGAUCCUCUGAACUUCAACCAGACCGAUUACCCAGAAUGCCCCUCUGCCAGCUGCAUCUUCCUCAAAUACAACGAUGAGGGCAUGUUCCAGCAGAAUCUGUUCAACCUGCAGAUCUACAACGUGGUGGCCUUCCUGUGGUGUGUGAACUUUGCCCUCGCUCUGGGUCAGUGCACUCUGGCUGGAGCCUUCGCCUCGUACUACUGGGCCUACAACAAACCCAAGGACAUCCCCACGUUCCCGCUGUCCGGCGCCUUCCUGCGGACGCUCCGGUAUCACACGGGCUCCGUGGCGUUCGGCGCUCUCAUCCUGACUCUGGUGCAGCUGGUGCGGAUCAUUCUGGAAUACAUCGACCACAAAACACGAUCGGCCCAGAACCCUGUGGCUCGCUUCAUCCUGUGCUGUCUGAAAUGCUGCUUAUGGUGUUUGGAGAAGUUCAUCAAGUUCCUGAACAGAAACGCCUACAUCAUGGUCGCCAUUUAUGGAAAAAACUUCUGCACUUCGGCCAAAAACGCCUUCAUGCUCCUGAUGAGAAACAUCGUGAGAGUGGUGGUCUUGGAUAAAGUCACUGAUUUACUGAUGUUCUUUGGGAAGCUGCUGGUCGUUGGAGGAGUGGGCGUGUUGUCGUUCUUCUUCUUCUCUGGGAGGAUCCUGUUGCCGGGCUCCAACUUCCGCUCGGAGACACUCAACUACUACUGGAUGCCCAUCAUUACCGUGGUGUUCGGGAGUUACCUCAUCGCUCACGGCUUCUUCAGCGUCUACAACAUGUGUGUGGACACGCUCUUCCUCUGCUUCUUGGAGGACCUGGAGCGGAACGACGGCUCUCCUCAGAAGCCGUACUUUAUGUCCAAAAGCCUCAUGAAACUCCUCAACAAGAAAAACAAGAAAUGA